UCCCUCCCUCAAUUUCCGUCAUUCCUUUCCUUUAUCUUCUUCCUUCUUCUUCUUCUUAUCAUUUGCUUCUGCAGAUCUCUCUCUCACUAAAACUUUCUCUCUCUAGAACACGCAAAACAAACAUGGCCAGAAUGAUCUUGAUGUUGGCUCUCUGUGUACUUCCGGCGCUCGUUAGCGCCACCCGUCCGGUUGCUAACCCAUUGACCGUUGAGGGUCGGGUUUACUGCGACACAUGCCGAGCCGGGUUCGAGACCUCCGCAACCACUUACAUUUCCGGUGCCAAGGUAAGAGUGGAAUGCAAAAACCGCAGGACACAGGAUCUCAUGUACAGCACUGAGGGAGAGACAGACUCGACAGGAACAUACAAGAUCUCGAUUAAAGAAGACCAUGGGGAUCAGCUCUGUGAUGCGGUGCUUGUUAGCAGCCCCAAUAGUGACUGUGCAAAGGCUGAUCCAGGGCGUGACCGAGCACGUGUCAUCCUUACCCGCUACAAUGGGAUUGUUUCCGACACCCGUUUUGCCAAUUCAAUGGGCUUUAUGAUGGAUCAGCCAAUGUCUUGGUGCAACCAACUACUCCAGCAAUACCAGGAAUUUGAUGAUUAGAGUAUGCUGCUUUAAGCCCUCUAUCAUCCCUGAAUAUUAAAGCUUUGCUUGGCUAUAUAUUAUUAUCUUAUGUCUUAUUUAUUUGGAUGUCAAUGUCUAUCUAAGGCUUAGUGGUCUCUCUCAACCCUUUUUAUUUUUUUAUUUUUUAUGGUUGUCAUUGAACUCGAAUCAAUUAAUGUAAAUGCUCUAUCGCAUUUCUUGUC